GAAAAACAAGGCGAGCAGACAGACGGCCCAUUCCCCUCGAGCUCCCCGCACCCACACACCCUAACCCUAGCCGCCACACGCCGCCGCUCCGCCGUCGCCGUCUCCUCGACCCCGCCGUCGCGCCGCAACCCCUGUCUCCCCCCACCGCUCCCACGAGAUCAACGCCGUCCCGAGCCCGACCUCACCGCCGUCCACUGCCGCGAGGUCACCGUCGCCCUCCCCGCGGCCACCUGACCUACUCCGAGCCGACCGCCGCCCCCUUCCUCGACCCCGCCGUCGCCCUCCCCUUCUCCCAAGGGCUAUAAAUGGCAGGGAGACAGCGCAUAGGUCGCCAGUACUAUGAGGAACCACGAGGAUUUCGUGAUGGCCCUCCUCCUCGUCUUGCACGAGAAAGGUCUAUCUCACCACGGCGCUUCGAGGGAGAGCUGUCUAGCCGCCAUGGUGAGCUCCGCAGAAUCCGUGACGACAACCAGCAUCUGGUGGAUGAAAUUGUUGGACUCAGGCAAGCAAUGUCUCGUUUGAAAGAAGAUCUCCAUUCCUCAAGUCAGGUUAUACCCAAGCUCCGUGCAGAGAAAGAAGUUGAAUUGAGGGAGCUGACUCAGAGGAAUCUGAAGCUGGAAGCUGAGCUACGCUCUUUAGAACCCCUUAGGCAGGAUGCCCUUCAGCUACGAUCUGAAGCAGGCUCGCUGGAGUCUUUGAGGCAAGAGCUGAACGCAAAGGUGCAGGGUCUGACAAAGGAGCUUGAGCAGCAGAGCUCUGAAAACCAGCGCAUACCUGCCAUGAUUGCUGAACGUGAUGAUCUGCGGCAGGAACUAAUUCGUGCUAGGGCGGCUCUUGAUUAUGAGAAGAAUGCAAAGCCAGAGCUGAUGGCACAGGUGCAGGCAGUGGAGAAGGAUCUGGUGACUAUGGCUCAGGAGUCUGAGAAGCUUAGGGCUGAAAUUGAGAAGAGAAGGGCACCACCACCUAGGGUCAGCGGCUAUGGAGCUUACGGACCACCUCCUGGGAUGGGCGUGCAAGGCAUGUACGACGGCGGCUACAAUACCUACACAGACAGGCGCUACAGUACGGGUGCUGGACCAUGGGACCCCCCUAGCUACCCGCGCCCUUGAUUUGGGCUUUUGGUUCUUGUGGGUUGGCGUUCAUCGUCGCGACAAAGUUCCUGAUAUCUCUGGUACUGAAGCUUGUGGGUGCUGGUGCCUUGUUCAGAAGAUUGUAACCAUGGAUUCCCGUGGGCCAUCUUAGGAAGCAAUUCAUUGUACUUAAGAGGAUGUGGACCCUUUUGAUGUUGUUGCUAAUCUUCUGAUUGGUGAACAUUAUUGCCUGCCAAAAGUGAGGGCUGCUGCAAGCUUGCAAUGCUGCUUUGUACAUGCUGAAGGUGGUGGUGGAUAAGGAUAACAGCAACCUAAAUGUUUUGCAUUCA